AUGGACGCGGCGGCGCGCCAGGACGCGCUCGACGGCCUCCGCUUCGCGAGCAACGCCGCGGGCGACGCGGGCCUCGUCGUCGACGACAAGGGCGUCUCCGAGGCGCUCGCGCGGGCCAUCGGGAGCCGGAAGACCGCGGCGGCGGCGCUCGCCCGGGCCAUCGCCGACGCGCGGGAGCGGCCCGGCGCGGCCGCCGCGGACGCCGUCGCCGCGAGCCUCAAGGCGGCCCUCGAUGACGCGGAGCCUCUCUUCGGGUCGUCGGAGGCCGUCCGGGCGGCCUGGGCGCUCCUCGACGCCGCGGAGCGGACGCUCCGCGACCGCGCCGCCGCCGUGGCCGCGCUCGACGACGCCGCGACGAUCGACGCGCUCCGGGAGGCGCUGGCGAAGUGCCGCGCGCUCGGCGCGGAAUCGGCGGACCUCGAGGACGCGGCGGGGCGGCUCGACGCGCUCGAGGCCGCCGUCGCGGACCUCGAGGGCGCCCUGGCGUUCGCCGCCGCGCGGCCCGCGCCCGCGGACGCCGGCGACGUCGCCACGGAGCUCGAGGCCGUCGCGAGCCGCCGUCGAAAGACCGUCGGCGACGACCAUCCCGUCCUCGCGGCCGUCGACGCCAGGGUCGCCGAGGCGCUGCAGGUGCUCAAGGACCGCGCCGCGGCCGUCGCGGAUCUCGCGGGCUGCGAAACCAUCGACGAGCUCCGCGCGGGCCUCGAGCGCGCGCGCGCGCUCGGCGCGGGCGGCGCGUCGCUCGAAGCCGCGAACGAACGCCUCGCGGCGCUCGUCUCCGCCGCGGAGCGCGUCGCCGCCGCGCGCGCGGCCCUUGCGGCCGCGGCGACCAUCGCCGAGUACGCGGCGGCGCUCGACGAAGCGGCGGCCGCGGGCGUCGGGAGCGGCGACGCGGACGUGGCGCGAGCCGCGGCCGCGCACGCGGACCUCGUCGCCCGGGCCGCGCGCGAGGCCGCCGCGGCCUCGGCGCUGUCCGCGGCGGCGUCGCGCCUCGCGGAGGCGAAGCUCAGCGACGGCGCC